UACCAGUAGAUAGAUGUUUUAAUUUAUAAGUGAAAAGUUGUCAGAUUUUUACAAUGUCAGAUUUGGUAGAACAUAAAUUCGAAAAUAAAAAUAGCAAAGUACGUCACAAAUGCGAUGAUUGCGACAGUCUUUUGUAACGAAAGGACAAUUGAACAAACACAUUAUAAAUGUCCAUCAAAGAACCGAAAACUUCACAUGCGACGUGUGUGGAAAAGUUUUUGGUUAUAAGAAAAGUUUGGCUGAGCAUAUUGCAACAGUUCACGAAAAAAUCAAAGAACACAAAUGCUUCGUGUGUGGCAAUUGCUUUGUUCGGAAGAGCUAUUUGAUGAAGCACAUAGAUGAAGUUCAUUUGAAACUCAAAGAACAGAAAUGCGAAGAAUGCGGCAAGUUCUUCUCGCAAAAAAUUCACCUCGUGAACCACAUAGAUUCAGUUCAUCUCGGAAUCAAAGAAUAUAUGUGCGAAGACUGUGAAAAGUUAUUUGUUAAAAAAACUAGCUUACUUAUACACAUUACCACAGUUCAUAAAAAAGUUAAAGACUACAAAUGUUUAGAGUGCGGCAAGUCUUUUGGACAAAAGUAUCAUUUAAUGCAGCACAUAGAUGUAGUUCAUUUGAAACUCAAAGAACAAACGUGUGAAGAAUGUAAAAAGUCUUUUGGUCUCAAGGGCGACUUGGAUCGACACAUUGCCACAGUUCAUGAAAAAAUUAAAGAUUACAAAUGCAAAGAGUGUGACAAGUCUUUCGGACACAAAAGUUAUCUGACGAAGCACAUACGUAUAGUUCAUUUGAAAACCAAAGAAAACACGUGUGAAACAUGUGGAAAAGCUUUCUAUCGUCACUGUGAUUUGAAUAGACACAUUGCCGCAGUUCAUGAAAAAAUCAAAGAUCACAAAUGCUUCGAGUGCGGCAAGUCGUUUGGACAAAAGAGUAAUCUUAUGAAGCACAUCGAUAUAGUUCAUCUGAAACUUAAAGAACACAAGUGCGGAGAAUGUGAAAAGUCUUUUGGAUAUAAAUGUCAUCUGCUAUAUCACAUUGAUGCAGUUCAUAAAAAAAUCAAAAAUUAAAAAUGCAAAGAGUGUGGCAAGUCGUUUGGACAAAACAAUAAUAUAACGAAGCUUAUAAAUAUAGUUAAUUUGAAAAUCAGAGAACACUUCUGCCAAUAAUGUUGAAAAUCAUUUGGCUAAAGAGGUAACUUGAAUAAACACAUUGCCGCAGUUCAAUAAGAAAUCAGAGACCAAAAAUGCGAGGCGUGCGACAAGUCUUUAGAGAUGAAGAGUACUCUGAUGCAGCACAUAGAUACAAUUCUUGUACGAUUCCAUGAACGCGGUUAUGGGAAAUAUGUGAAAAGUUUUUCAUACAUCAAUGUGACUUGAACAGACACAUUGCCAGGGUUCAUGAAAAAAUCAAAGAUCACGAGUGCUACAAAUGUAGGAAGUCAUUCAAAUAUAAUAGUAAUCGGAUGGUACCACAUAGAUAAAGUUCAUAUAAAACUAAAAGAACACGCACGUGAAGAUUUUGGUAAGGCUCACACAGUCACAAUGAGUAUUUGAAAAAACAUACAUGCAGUCCAUCAAAAAAUGAAAAAUGGCUGAUUUAAAAAGUGUAUCGUGUUCUUUUAUUCUCACGCAGAUUUUAUGCACCUGAAAAACCACUGCGUUGCGUUGCUUAUGGCGAUUAACGAUAAGAAAUAAAUAAUUUCGUAUUAAUUUGACGCUGAA